UUGCCUUCGAAACGCGUACGACGUGUUUACGAACGUCGCUCUCACUCUUUAUAUAUUCAACCAUAAGACAAAUUAUUAUAACAAUAAUAGUAUACCAAUAAUCAUUUAAAAUCGUUUUCGUUAGUCAUUUAUUACUGCUCUUCGGCAAAUUUAGACAAAUAUAAAUCGCUGUAAAAAUUAAUGUCUAUUCGGUGGCCAAUUAUAGCAACAACAAAAACAAAAACAACAAUAACACCGAAGGCAGAUCGUUGUGAUCCGAAAAGUGCUCCGCUGCAGUCAAAAGUGAUCGUGGUCGUGGAGUGUGAAGAUCGCGGGUUUAAGUGCGAAUCGUGUUACCACCGGCGGAGAUAAUGGAUAAUACCUCAACUACAGUGAACUAGGACUCGCUGAAAAAGUCGUGUCGUGUGGGGCCAAUUGCGUGCAGAUUUUGGCGGUUCCGGCCCGACAACGGUCUGCCAACAUUGCCUGAACAUAAAAGAUCUACGACAGUAGGCCGUGUUGUUAUCCUUCCUGGUCAUCGACGUCGGCCGCGGGCAAUCUGAUCUAUCCUCCUUGCAGCGCGCGCUCCGGCACUCGGGGUUCGGAGACGCAAGGGAACCAUCGGCGGACGCUCGUUCGGGAACAUCCCGGCGAGAGGAGAACAGGGGAGAUCCAACGAGCGAGAGAGUGAGAGGCCACAACAAGGUGGUGCAAAAGAGAGGGCCUACUAUGUGUUGUAGAAUUCGUCCUCGUCGCACCGCAUACUCGCGCACACAUGAAUCCGUCGCCGUCGUCGUGAAAAAGCGCGCAUCGAAAGUGAAGAUUCUAGUGUGAAACCUAGACAGUGUCCCGCGUGAGUGUGAUAAAUCAUUUCUCGCUCAUCACACGCGCAGCCGACGACAUUGUGCAAAGAGUUCGCGCGCUACUCCUCGCUCAUUGAACCGAAAUGCAAGUAAUUAAUAUUCUUUUUUUUCGGUUGCUGAAAAUUCAUCGUCGUGCGGCGGACACCGCGGGUUGUUUGUGUACAAUUUCUGCUCCUACUAUUGAGCGAAUAGUUUUCGCGUGUUUGUCAUUGAAAUAGAGAGACAAUAAUUGCGUUCAUUCGGGAUUUUCGGGAAACUUUCGUGGUUACCGAUGAUGCAGCGUAAACACAACGGAGGAAGGCAGCAUCACACAAAACAUUGUAACAAGUUUAGAUAAAACUGUGAUUCUAGUUUUUAGGCAAGUGGAAAAUUCAUUUAAGAUUGUAACAAUCAAGAAAAAUACGUAUACGGUUUUCGGUUUUCGCGCGCGUGCUGUGUAACGUGAAAGGAUAAGAGAACGUGUAAUUAAUCAAAAGCUCAGACAAAGCGUAAACAUAUGGAGAAAAUAUCUUGUAUACUAAAAAAUCGUUAGUUUUGCUAUUAUGCUAUAUUCCCAACAACGAAACUAAACUGCGAUUUCUUAUGAUUUGGCGAACGUGAGUCUAGCCGGUAUCACAAAAAAAAAAAACAUAAGAAUAAGUAACUGAGAUGAGUAGCAGCUGUAGGAAUUCGUAGUGGCGCUGAUCAACAGAGAAAGAGCGGUCUCGUGUGACAGUUUUAUAUGAAGAAAAGUGAUAUCAUCGGUAGUGUUUUUUGUUUUAAUUUGUGGUAAUAAGUGACAAGUUUUUUGUGUUUUGUUUUCGAAGCGAUUCAUCUCGCUUUCGGAAACCACAUUAAUGGCACAACCUAGGUACGACGAUGGCCUGCACGGCUACGGCAUGGACGGUGGUGCGGCGGCGAUGUAUGACCCUCACGCCGGCCAUAGGCCGCCAGGGUUAUCCGGCUUACCUCCACAUCACUCACCUCACAUGAAUCAUGCGGCGGCUGCAUCAGUCGGCAUGCAUGGUUAUCAUGGAACCUCUAGUCAUGUAUCACCAGCCACCAGUCACAUGGGUGCAGUGCAACCAGAUGUGCAUAAACGUGAUAAAGAAGCUAUUUAUGGACAUCCUCUAUUCCCGCUAUUGGCACUCAUAUUCGAAAAAUGUGAACUAGCAACGUGUACACCCCGAGAACCAGGUGUAGCGGGUGGUGAUGUUUGUUCGUCAGAUUCCUUCAGUGAAGAUGUAGCAGUAUUUAGUAAACAGAUACGACAAGAAAAACCCUACUAUGUGGCGGACCCCGAAGUAGACUCACUAAUGGUGCAAGCAAUUCAAGUGCUACGGUUUCACCUCCUAGAACUUGAAAAAGUGCACGAAUUAUGCGAUAAUUUCUGCCAUCGAUAUAUUUCAUGUUUAAAGGGUAAAAUGCCAAUAGAUUUAGUGAUUGACGAACGGGACACCACCAAACCACCAGAACUAGGCGGUGCCAAUGGCGAGGGUAGAAGUAAUGCAGAUUCAACAUCACAUACAGAUGGAGCUAGCACACCAGACGUUGUGAGUACCCCCUUCGCGGGAGCACAUGGUCCUAUAUUGGCGAGCUACAAUGCGGUGGUGCACCCAUGUUCGUAGUACGACUAUGACCUUCUUGCAAAAACGAAGCGGGUGCUCACAAUGCCCUGGGAUAAUGGCCAGAACUUCGCUUGAGAUCGCGCUGACUAUGCUUAAUUGUACUACUUUAGAUACAACAAAUUAUAAAACAAAAUACCAAAAAAUGAAGCAAAAAAUCGAUAGCAUUGAUUCAAAAUUGUCACUUAACUAAACAAAAACAAAACACGAGCAAACUAGUAAACGCCAAUGAACAUCUGCAUUAACAUCUUGCGAGCCACCAGCGCAAUAUUGAGAUGAUUAAUGAAGUUUGCAGUACGUACAGAAGCUACAACCACAUUCCAAGAGACUCCUCGCACUAAACGAAAAGGAAGAGAUCCAUGUGUGAAUAAUUCAAAACGUCUGGCUAAAGGCAAAGUAAAAAAAGAGUAAACGAACAGCAAACCGUAAGAUGGCAUGGAAAACGGCAAGUGUGCUGCAUGUGCAACAGAGAAAAACGGAGAGAACACAUUACACAGACAAUGGAGAGACAGUGAAAAAGAGGAAUAGCAAUCAGCAAGUCUGUGAGUGCAAACAAUCACACUCUGACCACCGGCUCAGGUGCAUUGCUUCCCCUUGUGUGUAUGUAUAAUCUCGUUUUUCAUCUAGCAUAUUACAAAGCCUUGAACCAUGAAUCCUGUUUAUAACAACAACAACAACAACAAUAAAAAGCUUAAAACACUGUUGGUGAGAAAGAGAAAAAAGAAUGCAUAAAUCAGACAAUUUGAAUGAAUUGUGGAAUCUGUACGUGCUGCAAACAUUUGAAUUUCAACAGCGUUCAACGUAGAAGCAACAGAAAAACAGUAUAAAUUGUAUUGCUACAUCUUAAUUACGGAUACAAGAAGAAGAACUAAUGCGACAAACGUACGAAUCUGAUGUAUAGAUUAUAAAAGCAACUUUAUAUACGUAAUUAAAGAAUAAGAAUUAAAAAGUAACUAUAAUUAAUUUCAAAUUUUGUUGAAUGAAAAAAGGAAUCAGAUUAAAUCAGCUGUUUAAGGCAAGCCAGGAGAAAGAUAUACGAUACAAAAAGUAGCCAGAGUAUCCUUCGUUUUUGCAAGAGGCCCAUAUAGCUCGCCAACUUCAAUACCCGUAACCAUUUGGCAACAAAGUGUGUAUGUGUGUGUGUUUGAAUGUGCGCACAUGAUCGUCUUCAAGGAUUCCUUUUCAAUAAUUCACAAUUACCGGCAGAAGCGAAGGAUGUCGUUGCUAUCUGCUCGGAGAAAACUCAUGUUCAAUGAUUAUUUUUCCUAGAGUUAUGCAACCAGAUGAUCCUCUCUUCGUUGCUGGGAAACAUUUCCACAACAACAACUAGCUCAAAAUCAAUUUCUUCAUCCUUGAAACAGCACACAGCAAGUCGCCCACGCCCACGAGGUGGCCGCCGCACGUCAUAUUGUUGUCAAACGGUUCCGUGUUUGCAUGUAUAGUUGUAAUUUUUCACUGUGACAAAGUAUUCUUUUGUGUAUUAUUCCUUUCCCGUCUAUCAUCUAAUUACAUGCUUGAUAUUACUUCAACAGCGAGAGCCAGAAAAUUUAAGAGUUUUGUUUUGUUUCGUUUCUCGGAACGAACUCGAAAAUUGCUUUCUUUUUUCGUCACGUGAACUUCCCCACUUUGAAAUACCUAUUGAAAUUAGAAUCUCUUCUACCGACAAUUAACAAACAUUACAAAAACAAACUAUAUCUAUCAUCUAGAAAAAAAGCAGCUUACUGAAUCGUUUCUACCGAGGAUGAAGCGUGCGACAGUUCUAGUAGCGAACAAAGUGUAGUCGUUAAUCCAAAACCAUUCAGAGUACACACACGUAAAUCAUAGCAAAAAUCUUUAGUUGUGUUAUAUUUAACUGCUUACGCUUCUUUUAUUUGGCGCCAUCUUGCUCUCAUGCUAAACCAUGAGAAAAGGUGGUUGGUGGAAUAUGGAAGUAAGCAAACGAUCAAGGAUAAAACAAACGAUAUACGUAAUUUACAUAUGACUGAAAGUUUUUUUUCUCAUAUUGUAAUUCCCCGAACGGUUCGCGCACAAAGAAAGUGCAACCAUUCGGCUAAAUCUAACCUAACCUGUAUUGAACUAGGACAAAAAGUACCACUUAAAUUCAGAGAAUACUAGAACCUAUUAACGCGGUGAUGAAAGUGAAAUCAACAGAGUAUACGAUUUUGAAAUCCUCGACUACGUAAUGAAAAUAUAUUGUUCUUAUUGAUUCAUAGAAUAACCAUUCUCUCAAGUUUUUAACUGCCACCGAUAAGGGUACCUACCUUUUUGAAGACAUUUCAGCUUGGUCUUAUAGCGAAGGCUGAACGUGUCGUUCAGGAUGAACUCUUUCAAGCAAGGAAAAGAAUGCACAUCGGUAUAUGUUUUGUUUUCUUUGUGGCAACGACUUAAUUGGAUAUACAUAGUAUACUAUAACAAAAAAAACAUGCAAUCGGAUCGUGAUCACCAACGUAUACUUGAUGCGUUUACGCAAUUUUAAUCAAUUUUGAUCUACCUUACGAGAUAAAUGCAUUUCUCAAUCAUUCAAUGAAUGUUUGAAUAAUCACUUUUUCUUCUAUGACCGAGGCGUUUUCGAUGCAUUUUCCAAUUUAAAAUGCCUAACUAGUAUCUUAUAAAAUAUAAUUACGCUGAAUUUUAGAGAAAAAAACACAAACACUUAAUAUAAAGCGGCAUAAGAAAUAUAAACAAAUUGAUUUUUUUCAACAAACGUCUCUCAAAAUAAAUUCUACAAUUCAAUGAGUACUAAGCGAAAACAAAACAAAGCAUCCAACCCUAUACACAUUUACCUAGAUAGAUUAUAAGUUAAGGUUUGAAUUAACAAUGAUGAAUUGCGUAUACGAACUAUAUUUAAAAAAGGAACCAGGAAAAAACCUACAAAACCAUGAAAAAGAAAUAAAUAUUUUAUUAAUGAAAUAUUUUUUGUAAGUAUGUAAUAAAAGAAGGUAUAUUUAAAUUAACUCGAUCUAUGAAAAAUUAAAGAAAAUAAAAAAGGUAAACUAAUAAAAUAAAGUUAGUAAGAGUAAGCUAGCUAAACUCUCGCUUUUGGCGGUCAUACAAAAAGAAUAGAGAAAUCUUCUCAAAUUAGAAUAAAAAGUAUGAUGAAACAAGCUAUAUGGGCAUUUUAGUUUAAAAACAGCAAAAUAUCAGAAAAGUAUGAGGAAAAGAGGUAAUCCCCAAAUUGAUAACAAUAACUGCAGAAAAUAUAAGAAGGAUAAGAAGAAACAACAAAGAAAAUCAUACUCAGUAUACAAGAAAGUAAAAUUUGUGAUUUUUUAUUUAUAUUAUUAGAGAAAAAAGAAAACAAUACGAAAAAUGUAAGCAGCAAGAUGUUUUUAGAACAAUUUUCAUUAUGUUUGGCAAAUCAUGUUCUUUUUCGUUAUGAUUUAUCAGCUAGCUAAACGCAACAACGCAAACAAGGCAAGGUUUAGGCGAUAGAUACAGACUAUGCAGAAUGCAGCUCGUACACCGUCGGCAAAUCUAAACAAUGCGCUUGAACAAGCAUAAAAUAAACAAACAAAUGCACAAUUUCUGUUAAAAUCAGUAGCAUCCAUGGAGAAACGGGUUUCAUACAAAGUUGUUUACAACAAAAGCUGCACUCUGGAUUGUCUAAAUGAAAAGAAUGAAGGCAAAAACUAACUGGCAAAAUUAGCAAACACCCGCAGGCAAAAGAAAAUUUAUCAAAAAUUAAAUAUUUUUAGUUAACGUUCGUCUGUUUUUAUUAUCAUUAUUAUUGAAGCAUUUUUGUCUAUUGAUUAUUGUAAUUUUUAUUUUAUAUUCUAUACAACGCAAAAACUAACUUAUCAAAAUUCUGGAAUACGAUUGAAAACCAAGAUCAAACUGCGGCCACCGGUCAAGGCAGUUACAUAUAAAUAUUGAACAUAUAUGAAUUAUUUUUUAACAAAAUAAAUGUUUUGUUGUUAAAAUAUAA